AUGCGUGCCACCGCCACUCUCCUCGUCGUCGCCGGCCUCGCCAGCACUGCCUUCGGCGCCGCCACCAAGUUCUUCACCGACGACAAGUGCAACGACGAGAUCGGCAAGAAGGUCUUCAACGGCCUCUCCAGCGGCGACGCGAUCAUCCCCGACGACGCCAAGUUCAUCAAGACGGACGCCAUCCUCGACACGUGGUUCGCCUACCAGAGCAACGACGGCAAGAGCUGCAAGGGCGACCUGCUCACCAGGAUGAAGGAUGGCGAGUGCACGCCGGUCGACAAGCUCGGCAUUGGCUGCACCCGUCUGUGCUCCGGCGGUCUCGGCGGCGGCGACUGCGCUGCCCAAACCCUUUGA